UGCGCGACGGAGUGAAAAGUCAGGAUUCAACUACGGUUCGUUGGUACGUAACAACGUUUCAUUGGAAUCCUGUACCAAUCAAUAUACUCAAGGAAUGCACCUAUAACAAACAUUAAACGUGACACGUUGCAUUAGUAACUAAUUCUCUCGGGCAAAGCGUUUUAUGACUUUUAUCGGAGCGAUGCUAGAUUCACAAGCUACCCGUGACGUGCUAAAGUUGAGCUGUUAGCCGAAGGUCCACUUGUUGAAUCAUCACUUCGUGCCGAAAGUAGUAAGGUUUUAAACCAUGGGGGACGUGAAGACCCCAGACUUUGAUGAUUUGCUAGCAGCCUUUGAUAUUCCUGACAUUGAUGCCAUCCAGUCAAGUCCAGAAGAGGAUGAUGUUUCUACUCAUGAAAGAAAACAUUCACCCCAACCUGGCUCCCCUACCUUGCACAUUGCCCCUCCUGCUGUCAGCGUGAUAGUGAUGAACACCGUGCGACCCUGCGAUGAAGAUGAUGACGAUGAUGGAACGAAAAACGACCAUGCAAGCUCUCUUUUAGAGUCUCAUCUCAAGAUGAAUGUCAGUGCCGCCCAGAUUGCCAACUGCCUUAAUGGGUCUGCCGUUAGUGACCACCAAGGUUCCAGUGCGGCACCACAGCACCAGCAUUCACCGCUGAACGAUGACAACGAAGGCGAUGCGAUGGAGAUUGAGUCGGUCAGGGACAUGAUUGAAGAUGUGAUCAGUAUGAAGCCCCAGCAGCAACUGGAGUCCACCCAAUUAUCUAUUCCUCCCUCUCCUCAGUCUGGCUUGCCUCAAAAGGAAGAAGCACACCUCCUCCCUCAUGCGCCGUCUUCACCUUUAUCACACAACGGGGAUUUGGGCAAAAAGAACACCUCUCACUUGGACGAGGACGACUCAGAACCAGACUUGGGAAGCCCAUUGGUGAUCCACGAAAGCCCAGAAUUCAUCAUGCCGUCGCCUCCGAAAUUGAAACACAGCGUCAGACAUCAACCGGAGCUGUGCGUCUCUCCCGAGAUCACCUCGUGCACUCUUGAAACGCUGACUGAGCAGGAGGAGAAGCCCGUUUCCAUCGCAGCUCCACCGUCGCCACCGGCGGGCCCUCAGAGCUCUCAUUUGGCACCAGUGCAGGAGGAGAAAUACCCUGAGCAUGUGAUUGACGAAAGGGAGUCUCCUGAGAGUCCACCGCCCAGUGAGACGGGGCUCCCGUUUCCCAAUCGGAUCCCUGAGUCGGGAAACCACAGCAGUGAGCCCAACCAAGAAGACAGAGCUGAUGACAGCAGAAUAGCCGCAGAAGAUGGUCAAACUCCAAACGAGGAUCCGUCUGACACUGUGUCUGCUAAAACAGAACCACCUGAAUUGUUGCCCCUCAAAGUUAAAAUCAAAGUGCCCGCGGGGAGUUUAAUGAAGACGACACUCAAAAGAGGUUCGAGAGCCGCUUCUAAGGCUGCGGAUUCGACCAAAUCUUCAUCAAAGGCUCACAAUCCGAAAAACAAGAGGGGGGGUUCUCAGCAGUCUCGCGCAGGGCUUCCAGAAAUCAAAGACAAACGUUCAGUGGCCAUGAAAUCGAAAUUCACCCGCGCCGUUGUGAGCGUGGCCAAGACCACACCUUUUCCUCCCACGACCGGCCCCGGUGGCGUCAACCUGCGCUUGCUGGGUCAGAAGACUCUGCAGAGUUCCCCUCAGGGCAGCAGCCGACCCGCCUCCAUUGUGAACAGCAGCGGGGCCAUCAUCUCCAAGAGCCAGACCAACCUGGUGGAAAGCUUCAAUAAGAUUCUCACCAAUAAGAACCUGCUGCCCAGCUAUAAACCCGACCUGAGCUCGCCUCCCGCCGAGUGGGGCCUUCCUUUGCCCGCUCAGGGUUAUCGAUGUUUGGAGUGCGGCGACGCCUUCGCUUUGGAGCAGAGUCUGGCCCGCCACUACGACCGGCGCUCGCUGCGCAUCGAGGUGACGUGCAACCACUGCUCCAAGCGCCUGGCCUUCUACAACAAGUGCAGCCUUCUUCUCCACGCCCGCGAGCACAAGGAGCGAGGCCUGAUCAUGCAGUGUUCGCACCUAGUCAUGAAACCCGUGCCCUUGGAGCAGAUGAUAAGCCAGAUUGAACUCAACGGUCAGUCUACCCUGCAGGGCAAAGCGCAACAAUGCCAAUCGUCCCCUAACAAGAAAUCGGACGCGGCGCAGCACAUCGGUUAUAAAUGUCUCGAAUGUCAGACGAAGUUCGACGGCAAAAAGGAAGUGAUCCAGCAUUUCCAAGAAAUCAAACAAGCCGAAAGCACACCGUGCACGGAGUGCUCGCCGCCGAUGCUGCUGCCCAACGCCUGCAGCGCGGCGGCUCACCAGCGCAUCCAUCGAGGCAGCGCGCCGCCGCACGUCUGCCCCGAGUGCGGCGGCACGGUCAAGCCGGAAGCCUUCCAGUCGCAUCUUGAUCACGUUUGUUUGCACUUUUCGCGACGCGUCGGCUACAGAUGCCCCAGUUGCUUGGUGGUGUUUGGCGGGCUGAAUUCGGUGAAGGCUCACAUCCAACAAGCCCACUGUGACAUUUUCCACAAGUGCCUCAGCUGCCCCAUGGCCUUCAAAUCGGCGCCCAGCAUACAGAGCCACAUCAGCGCGCAGCAUCCCACCGUAACCAACGGCCAGGCCAUGCUGAUCUACAAAUGUGUGAUGUGCGCCACGGUUUUCACGCAAAAGUCUUUGCUGUACAACCAUUUUGACACACAUUUAGCCAGUCAAAAGGUUCACGUGUAUAAAUGUCCAGAUUGCAACAAGAUGUUUCCUCAGAGAAAUAUACUCAUGGAGCAUUUCAAGAGUCACAAGUCAUCCAAGCUAGCAUUAGCCUCCGCCCCAGCUGCUGCUUCUUCCUGUCCUCAGCCCGCAGUCAAGUUAGAAAGUUCGGACGGGGAAGACGGCGAGGAGGUCGUCGUUAACGCCGGGGCGACGGUGGCUACCACGGGGUGGACGUGCGUUCACUGCCACGAAUGCUACGCUGACUCACAAGAGUACAUAAGUCACAUGGCUAAACAACAUGGCAAGACCUUGAAAAACUUCCCUUGUAACAAAUGCGAGAGCUCCUUCUCCUCCGCAUCCAGCCUGAGACGCCACAUCCGCGAGAAACACAAGGCCGCCAGUCGCUUCCGCUGCCAGUUCUGCACAGGCAGCAAGAAAACAUUCAGCAGCAGAGCCAUGUUGGACAAACACGUCCAGCUUCGACACGGCAUGGACGCCAUGAGCCAGGAGCAGGGAGCCACAGAUGAGGCCGACAGCUCCUCGGAACUGGACGGCGCUUCGCUGACCCGUCGCAGACGACGAGCGGCCGUCAAGACGGAACGCGACGACGAGUUCGCUCCCUCGAAAAAGUUAAGAUCGGCCUCCGCGCCUUAUUCUCCCCCCGAGUCCGGGUUCCGUUGCGCCCCUUGCGGCUUCACCACGGAAGACCAGCCCACCUUCCAGGCGCACAUCAUCCAGCAUCGGGUGGGGGCGGACGGCGGCGGGCAGCAGUGCACACAGUGCGGCGCCUGCUUCACUUCCACCAAGUCGCUGGCACGCCACCUCUUCAUCACCCACAAGGUACGCGACGUGUUCACCGAGCAGCAUAAAGACCAGAGCGCGGCGGCCGCGGCGGCCCUGUCCCCCGUCAACAACAAGAAAGCCGAUGAGAAUUCUCUCGGCUGCCCCGCCUCGCCCUCCUCGCAAAGUCAGGGCAAGGAAGAUGACGACGCGUUGAGCUGCAAAGUGUGCGGCAAGCACUUUGACAAGGCCACGGAUCUCAACACGCACUUCCGAACUCACGGCAUGGCUUUUAUCAAUGCCAGAAACACGGGGAAACCAACUUAGCGCGUGAGUAGAAGUUCACGUCGUGCCUUAUCGAAUAUGAUAUUGAGCAUUUUUGACUUCAUGGUCAAAACGUAAAACCUCCUUUUUGAAAAUGUGACCGCUUGAAAAAUGUCCUCAUCAAACCUGUUUUGCUCAGGUCAGAUUGCAGACAUCAUCCAAAGUGAAAUCCCGCAGAUCGGUUUUGCGUUUUGUUCAUUGGUUGCAUUUGAAGCUCAACCAAUCAAAGAUGAUUCCCGUAAGCCUUCACCUUCCACGCGUGACAGACACUCAGGAUAUCAAAUACAGUGGAACUUCCAAGCUGUUCUCAUUUCAAAACAAAGAUGAUUCACUUAAGUGAGAAAACACCGAAAUGUUAUUCCGUAGCAGGUAGGACAAGAGAUUUGUACUUACAAAGGCUUUAAAACAUUUUAAAUCACAAUGCACUCCUUGAAAGUGAUUCUCGUCACAUAGACGCACCUAAAAAAAAAAAAAGCUGAUCUUGCAAUGUACAAGCCAUUCUUCUUUUAUCACUGAUGUAGAACACAUUGUAAUGUACCGAGCAGCCAGGAGUGACUCAUCUCACACAAAACAAAAUUAAAAAAUCCAAAGGGAAAAGUUCAAAAUGUACUCGGGAGGUUCCACUGUAGUUAGAAAGUAGACCGAUGACCUCAGAAACAAAAUAAAAUAAAAAAAAAGGGAUCUGCAGCAGUGUUCCCUAAACUGUUUUAAGCCAAGGCACAUUUUUACUUUCGCAAAAAUUCCACGCAAAGUCCGUAUUCACUCCGUUCUUCUCAUCUCAAUUUACUCACAAAAAUACUUCUGACUGUCACCCUAUUUUGCUGGCUUGGAAAGAUGAACAAAGAUAUAUUUUUGUAGUAAAUGUUAUUCGGAGCAGUGAAAUUCAACGGAACAUUCAUGCUUUAGUUGAUUUAGCAGCGCUUUGAGCGGUCAGUUAUCAGUUUUUGUCGUAAACAUCUCAAAGCUUCAAAACUGAUAAGCGACUUAUGAUCACAAAUUAAUAUUUAAAUUGUUUGCUUGUAGAUUGUUGUUGAUAUAAAAGCUAUGUGUAUCUCGUUCUUACUGCAAAAAAGAGUUCAAAUGAUUGUAAUCAGUCGCUCAGUGGACGUUAACAAAGCGUUUUUCCUUUUUUUAUAAAAAUUUCCUUUGUGUAUAGUUAACCAUUUGUGAUCAAUCUGUCUCAGGUGAGCAAUCGACGCUUUAGCAAGCGUUUUUAUCUAGAUGCUCAAAUGUCUAUGGAGAAAAAUGAAUAAAAAUGUGGCACAUUG